AUGACGUUCCUUCAUUUCAAUCCAAACGCCACGGCACCAGGCACAAAAUUUCAGCGGACGCCAGUUUCUCAUGCCCAGCAACCUGCGAUUGGAAAGCGAACCGAUAAGAAUGAGAAGCCAGUCAACAAGGAGCCACCUAAGAUACUUGAACGUCGGGUAACCAGCUCAAACGUGGAGGCAACAGACAUCCAGAAUCAUAACCUAGAUUUGCAUAUCAAUGCAGGCGGCAAUGAUUGGGAUUCGCUGCGUAGUCUCUUCUAUGUCGACGAUUCCUACCCAUCGGAUACAUUGAUGUCCAUCGCUACAAAUAAACGAUCCCGCGACUAUGAAGAUGAUGAGAGCAACACCAGUUUUGGCCCACAGUGCAGUGGCUCCUGCAGCGACAGCGACAGUGUUGUACUGGAGAUCAACUCGAGCAAAGAUAUGCCGGGGCUGGAUUACAAAAGAGGUGAUGUGGUGUCUAAGGCCCGAGUCCCGAGUGCUGGAGACAGCAAAGGAACGUCCCUUUCCCCCUCGAUUUCCUUUGUUCCCCGCCAUCCACUCCAUGCUAUUCUCGCUUGGGUUCUUACGAAUGAUCUAAGCGACGAUGAUAGAAUCCCGAUUUCCCAAACCGCGCCAAGUAUGUGCAGCUGGGUACCCAGUGUUGGGAGUGACGACGAGUCCGACUCUGAGGGCCAGACCCCACCAUCGCCAGUGUUGAUUGAAGAUGGAGGAGUGACAAUCGGAGGAGUGGUUGGCUACGACCCUUCUUGGCAACCUGAACAUGAUCUUAUUCCUGGAUGUGAGGAGUUGGUCCGUGAGUUCCACGCUAAAUUGGGGAAGGUAGAGAGUCAUGGAUCCCUUAAGCGGCGUGGGAGACCACCUUUGAGGAACCGCUCCAAGAAGGCGCGGUUUACAUUUUAG